UACAGGACAAUAUCUAGCUCUUUCUUUCUACAGCUUGUAUCUUCAUGGACCCCAGCGACCCAGCCAGUCAGAGCUACAAGAACUUUACCAUUAAGUUUCACAAGCUGAUCAACAUCACGGUACAAUUUCAGUUGAAGGCCAUAAAUAUCCAGACUAUCAUCAACAAUGAGAUUCCUGACUGUUACACCUUUACCAUCACUAUAAUAUUUGACAACCAGGCGCACAGUGGCAGGGUGAAAAUACAACUAGAGAAUGAUGCCACCAUUAAACAAUGCAAGGACCCCAGCGUGUAUGGCCGAGGUGAUAACUACUCCCGGCUGGUGUUUGACGUGUUUGUGAUAAUCUCCUGCAUCCUCUCCUUCAUCCUCUGUGGACGUUCCAUUGUUCGGGGCCUGAAAUUGCAGAAUGAAUUCGCACAGUUUGUUCACAGCCGUCGCGGCCUCACUGUGUCUCUGUCUGAGCGGCUGGAGUUUGUGAAUGGCUGGUACCUGCUGCUGAUCAUUAGUGAUAUUCUCACACUGUCUGGGACAGUCCUGAAGAUUGGGAUAGAGUCCAAGACCUUUGCCAGUUAUGAUGUUUGCAGCAUUCUCCUGGGCACAUCAACCUUGCUGGUUUGGGUUGGCGUAAUCCGGUAUCUGAGCUUCUUUCAGAAAUAUAAUAUCCUGAUUGUCACACUCCGGGUGGCUCUGCCUAACGUUAUCCGCUUUUGUUGUUGUGCUGCUGUGAUCUACCUGGGAUAUUGCUUCUGCGGCUGGAUUGUGCUGGGACCCUAUCAUGUCAAGUUCCGCUCGCUCUCCAUGGUGUCAGAGUGCCUUUUCUCCCUUAUUAAUGGUGAUGACAUGUUUGUCACCUUCUCGGAGAUGCAGAAUAGUAGUUACCUUGUGUGGAUGUUCAGUCAGCUUUAUUUAUACACCUUCAUCAGCCUCUUUAUCUAUAUGGUACUCAGUCUCUUCAUUGCCCUGAUCACUGGAGCCUACGAGACCAUCAAGUUCCAGAAUGCAGGUGAAGACAGUGUCUCUGCUCUGUAUCAGUAUAUAGCCGAGUGUAAAGACAGCCCCAGCUCCGGGAAAUUCCGUUCUACAAGCACCACCAAUUUCUCCAUGUUUUGCUGUUGUUCUCAACCUGCUGAAGAUAACGAGAACAAUUUGGUCAUUAAUGAACCUGCACCAUCAUCCUAAUAGAGGACACGGGUUCCUGGAAUUUAAAUCCAUUUUAAGGACUUUCUGAGGGUGAUUUUUUCCAUUAUGUCUGAGUAACUCCUCCCCUGCCUUAUGUGGAGAAUCUCUAAUCAGUGACGAGAUGCUAGUAGGGUUAAUUUAAACAUAGACAUUUUUAUCAGAAGUUUUUAUGAAGAAAGCAAAUAUAUUUUAGAAGGGGGUGUUGGAGGGUUAGACAAGCCGGAUGUAUGGGGGAGAGGCGCAGAGACUCUGUUGGAGACUGUACAGGGUGCUAGAUAGCAAUGCAAGUGCUUCAUUGGAGGUACGAAGAGCUGACCAAGCCAAACGCACAAGUGGACACUAUACACAGCCAAUCGUUUUAUUGUUUUUUUUAUUUUUCGUUAUUUAGGUGACACUUUAUUUUUAUCUUUUAAAUUGUUUUUAUUAAUGUAUGAGAAUAAAUCGUGUCACAGUACAUCA